UAGUUUUUUUUUUGGGUGGGCUGUCUGGACUUCUCUAAACUAUACCAACGCAUUGAUUAGUCACUAAAUACUCCUUGGAUGCAGUAACGACUAAAUCCAGCAUACUUAAAAGGGGGGUUUGUUGCUGUUUAACUGUCAGAAGCUGAGAGUAGCUGACUGUAAAUCAGCUGAAAGCGGAGGUGUGGCGUGAUAAGAGUUAGCUGCUGCCAAACGCUUUGAAAUGGAGCAUCAGCCCAUCUAUAGCAACCAGGGUGGACAUUACGGGAUUUCCAACCCCGGCUAUGUCCCAACAGCAGGCGGUGCCCCUGCAAUGUUCGCCCCACCCGUGGCUGAUUCUCAGGGCCCCAGCGCUCCUCCGGCCAGCAUGUUUGACAGCAUGCCUGGUUAUGAAGGAACUGUGGCAGGAGGAGGUGGAUUUCUGCCACCUCCAAUGCCGGCUGUGCCAACCCCCCAGCCUCAACCAGGACCUGAACAACCGCACUGGAAUAUUCCAUCUAUAUCCGAAGACACUGCCCGGGACGCCUUUGUCCUGUUUGCAUCCAGCAAAUGCUGCUACAGUUCUGCACCAGCGAAGGACGGUGUGAUCACUGACAUGGAGGCAUUCAAUACGUACAGGUACCGCCUGGAAACUUUUACUGAAUCAAGAUCUACAGAGUGGAGUCACGAGCCAUACAGCGGCCAGACAGUGGAUGCCUAUGCUCAGCCACCUCCAGGGCCGUGGGAUAUUCCUGCUCAAGCCCCCAACUUUUUCCUGAAUGGGAAAAAGACUAUCAAGGUCCCCUAUACAUCAUCUGUGAAGAGCUGUCACAGCUGUGUGGGAAUGGGGCGACAACCUUGCAAAGACUGUGCCGGUGCUGGCAAUAAAGUUUGUUGGGUGUGCAAUGGAUCCGGUUACCGUCAUGGAGACGAUCGUUGCCACCACUGCAGUGGCAGAGGAAGGGAGAAUUGCAGCCGCUGUCAUGGGCAAGGAUCAAAGCAAUGUGAUGUUUGCCGUGGAAAACAGCAGCUUCUGGUCUACAUCAACCUCACUGUGAAAUGGACUAACAACAGUGAUGACUAUGUUGUGGAGCAGUCGAGUGGACUUCGGGUGGACAACCUGAGCAAGGUGUCUGGCAAAGAGCUUUUCAGAGACUCUCAAUACAUGGUUUACCCAGUGAUGGGCUUCCCAGACCCUUCAGUGGUUAAUGCCGCACAGCGCCUUAUCAAUGACCACCAGGCCAGGUUCUCCCAGACCUCACGCAUUUUACAACAGCGUCAAACAAUAGAGCUGAUCCCGGUGACCAAGGUUACCUACACAUGGAAAGGAAACUCUCACCUCUAUUUUGUUUAUGGAAAUGAGUUCAAAGUUAAUGCAGAUAACUAUCCUGCUACCUGCUGCUGUACUAUAUUGUAAUGAAAACGGUCAAGUAUGAGGUUAUUUCCUUUCCAAGACAGUAAAGGUAUCAACAAAUUGGAUUUACUUACUAACAAAUCAGUUCUGAUGAGUGCUCUAGGGCUGGCAUGGGGCAAAUAGAACUUUGUUAUAGUUUGAUGUCCAAAAGUGUUGAAUAGAGGCAUUUAACUAAUGAACACCUCUCAAAUCAGGAGAAUGGAUGAAACCUCUUGAAUAAGUGAUAUUCAAGGCUAAACAGUUAAUCUUCGAUUAACCACAAGUACAAAUAAUUUUUGAUUGCUAUUUUAAUGCAUACACCACAAGAAAACUAUGCCUACUAACACAAUAUACAUCAUAAUCACAUUAUGUUUACUGAAUCUUGAGUUAUUUUGCUCUUAUAUGGCAGUAAUAUAUUUUUUAUCAUCACUAAAACCAACUAUUUGAUACUGAAUAUUAUAUAUCUAUUUUUUUUUUUUUUGCAGAAAAUGCCAUUUAAAUGUUAGCAAUAUGUAUUUGUACGUAAUCCGUUUGCUGUUAUGGCAACAUUAUUUGAUUUUUAUGUCAAUUUGCAUCUAUUUUUCUAAUGUGUCAUUUUGUAAGACAAAUAUUAGUAUUACGUGCUUUGCAAUAAUUCGUCCAUUUGAUUAAAUAUUAUUUCGCAAUG